UUCGAAUAUUCCCUUUUUUAGUUCCUCCGCAGCAUAUACCUUUAUUAUUACUACUAGUAUUGUUUCUCUAAACCUAUAUAUUAUCUUAAUUGAUUUAGUUUUUACUUGAACAAAAAAAUGCAAGUUUUUCGUAAAAUGAAGAGAGUCACUGUCCCGUUUGACGAUAAGACGACGAAAGGUCGGAUCAUUGGACGUGGCCAACAAGCUGAUCAAAUCAGUUACCACGCCGAUGAUGAUGCUCUCGUUUUUGGUUUGCCGGAUGGUGUUGCAGAGAACGAUUCAGCUUUUGAUCACACGCAAGUAUCAAUGUACGAUUCGAGAGAAGUGAUUGAAGAUGUGCCAAUACCGGUCUUCUGUAAUAUCGAUUUGGAUUUAUUCCAGAAUUCUCUGUCGACUACGGUUACCAAGGCUUUGGAAUUGUUUUCCUUUCUAAAGUCUAAUAAGCCGAUACUCCAGCAAAAUGUAAUGAAAUAUCUUAGGGAUUUUGGUUAUAAUUCCGCUAUAUGCAAGACAAAAUGGGAGAGUUCAAGUGGAUCAGUUAAGGGCGGAAAUUACGAAUUCAUUGAUGUAAUUAGAUCGGAUUCCUCCAAUCAAAUGAUUACUCGUUACAUCAUCGACCUUGAUUUUGCAGCAGAGUUCGAGAUAGCAAGGCCUACGAAUCACUACAAUUGGAUGUUGCAAUCAUUGCGGAAGGUUUUUGUAGGCAAAAGUGAAGAAUUAAAGCAGAUAUUGAAGGUAAUGAGCGAGGCUGUUAGGCGAUCGUUGAGAAGCAAAGAGCUCCAUAUUCCUCCGUGGAGAAAACACGGCUUCAUGCAAAACAAGUGGUUAGGUGCUUACAAAAGGACAACCAAUAUCCUGCCGUCUCUAAACUUACCGCCGUUGAAACAGACUGAUGUUGUUCAGUGUUGCUCUGUUGGGUUUAAUGCUGCUGUUAACUGCUAUUAACUCUUCCCGCAACAACUCGUUUGUACUUGGAUGAUAGCUACAAUAUGUGAAAAUUACUAAUCAAUAUUUUUACUUCAAAUGCUUAUC